UUGAUAAGCUCCCCGAGGAGCCUAUCUUGAAUCAUCAAAUCAAGGAAAUCGAAUUAGUGACCAGAUUCCUGGACCCCAUUAUGAGCGCGGUGUUAGCCGAUGUUGAGCAGAACCGCGUCUUCUCGUGGACAAACACUGCAAGUACUGGAACAGAGAACGAGCACCCUGACGGGGAAAUGGCAACUAUAAAUCAGAGAUCAAUUGCAUAUCACCUUGGCUAUUGCGAAGUAAAAGUUAGUGAAGGAGAUAGCAGCUCAGUUUACCUUCAUUAUGAUAUGUUGAGAUUGGCAAGAUUUGGUAAAAAAUUGUGUCACAAUGAAGAUCUUCGUGGCAGUCUGUUGGUGAUGGCAGUUGGGUUCCGGGUACGAUUUUUUAUACUCACAAGGAACAAACCAUUCGAUACUAUGUUUGAAAUUGCUAACAUGGAAUUGCCAAAGUCUUUGUCAACCUUGGCUAGUUUCACCUCCAAUGUACACAAGAUCAAACAAAUACUUCAAGCAUACUAUACUCAUUGCACCAAGGAACCAGAGAUCUCACUAAAGAGAAAGAAAGAAAGCUCUAUGACAAAGAAUGAUAUUCAGCAAGUCAUCAAUACCAGCAAACCAAAAAAGAUGAAAGCUUCUUUGAGUUUCAAAUAAGCAUUAUAUGUAAUCCGCGCCUUCGUUUUAAAAACCAUUUCAAGUAAAAGAUUAUAAUAAAGCCACUAAGC